AUGCCCCCUGGGGUUGACUGCCCCAUGGAAUUCUGGACCAAGGAGGAGAAUCAGAGCGUGGCAGUUGACUUCCUGCUGCCCACGGGGGUCUACCUGAACUUCCCUGUGUCCCGCAAUGCCAACCUCAGCACCAUCAAGCAGCUGCUGUGGCACCGCGCACAAUAUGAGCCACUCUUCCACAUGCUCAGCGACCCCGAGGCCUACGUGUUCACCUGCGUCAACCAGACGGCCGAGCAGCAGGAGCUGGAGGACGAGCAGCGGCGGCUGUGCGACGUCCAGCCCUUCCUGCCCGUCCUGCGCCUAGUGGCCCGCGAGGGCGACCGCGUGAAGAAGCUCAUCAACUCACAGAUCAGCCUCCUCAUCGGCAAAGGCCUCCACGAGUUCGACUCCCUGCGCGACCCAGAGGUGAAUGACUUCCGCGCCAAGAUGCGCCAGUUCUGCGAGGAGGCGGCCGUGCACCGGCAGCAGCUGGGCUGGGAGGCCUGGCUGCAGUACAGCUUCCCCCUGCAGCUGGAGCCCUCGGCGUGGAGCUGGGGGGCUGGCACCCUGCGCAUCCCCAACCGGGCCCUCCUGGUCAACGUCAAGUUCGAGGGCAGUGAGGAGAGCUUCACCUUCCAGGUGUCCACCAAGGACGUGCCCCUGGCGCUGAUGGCCUGUGCCCUCCGGAAGAAGGCCACGGUGUUCCGGCAGCCCCUGGUGGAGCAGCCCGAGGACUACACGCUGCAGGUGAACGGGAAGCACGAGUACCUGUACGGCAGCUACCCCCUGUGCCAGUUCCAGUACAUCUGCAGCUGCCUGCACAGCGGGCUGACCCCGCACCUGACCAUGGUGCACUCUUCCUCCAUCCUGGCCAUGCGGGACGAGCAGGCCAACCCCGCCCCCCAGGGCCAGAAACAGCGCACCAAGCCGCCCCCCAUUCCCGUGAAGAAGCCCUCCUCCGUGUCCCUGUGGUCCCUGGAGCAGCCGUUCUGCAUCGAGCUGAUCCAGGGCAGCAAAGUGAACGCCGACGAGCGGAUGAAGCUGGUGGUGCAGGCCGGGCUUUUCCAUGGCAACGAGAUGCUGUGCAAGACGGUGUCCAGCUCGGAGGUGAGCGUGUGCUCCGAGCCCGUGUGGAAGCAGCGGCUGGAGUUCGACAUCAGUGUCUGUGACCUGCCGCGCAUGGCCCGUCUCUGCUUUGCGCUCUACGCUGUGAUCGAGAAGGCCAAGAAGGCUCGCUCCACCAAGAAGAAGUCCAAGAAGGCGGAUUGCCCCAUCGCCUGGGCUAACCUCAUGCUGUUUGACUACAAGGACCAGCUCAAGACCGGGGAACGCUGCCUCUACAUGUGGCCCUCUGUCCCAGACGACAAAGGGGAGCUGCUGAACCCCACGGGUACUGUGUGCAGUAACCCCAACACAGAGAGUGCUGCUGCCCUGGUCAUCUGCCUGCCCGAGGUGGCCCCCCACCCUGUGUACUACCCUGCCCUGGAGAAGAUCCUGGAGCUGGGGAGGCACGGGGAGCGUGCACGCGUCACCGAGGAGGAGCAGCUACAGCUGCGGGAAAUCCUGGAGCGACGGGGCUCUGGGGAGCUGUACGAGCACGAGAAGGACCUGGUGUGGAAGAUGCGGCACGAAGUCCAGGAGCACUUCCCAGAGGCACUGGCUCGGCUGCUGCUGGUCACCAAGUGGAACAAGCACGAGGAUGUGGCCCAGAUGCUAUACCUGCUGUGCUCCUGGCCCGAGCUGCCCGUCCUGAGUGCCCUGGAGCUGCUGGACUGCAGCUUUCCUGACUGCCACGUGGGCUCCUUUGCAAUCAAGUCCCUGCGGAAACUGACGGACGACGAGCUUUUCCAGUACCUGCUGCAGCUGGUGCAGGUGCUGAAGUACGAGUCCUACCUGGACUGUGAGCUGACCAAAUUCUUGCUGGACCGGGCCCUGGCCAACCGCAAGAUCGGCCACUUCCUCUUCUGGCACCUCCGCUCUGAGAUGCACGUCCCGUCGGUGGCCCUGCGCUUCGGCCUCAUCAUGGAGGCCUACUGCAGGGGCAGCACCCACCACGUGAAGGUGCUGAUGAAGCAGGGGGAAGCACUGAGCAAGCUGAAGGCCCUGAAUGACUUUGUCAAGGUGAGCGCCCAGAAGACCACCAAGCCCCAGACCAAGGAGAUGAUGCACCUGUGCAUGCGCCAGGAGACCUACCUGGAGGCCCUCUCCCACCUACAGUCCCCGCUCGACCCCAGCGUCCUGCUGGCGGAAGUCUGUGUGGAGCAAUGCACCUUCAUGGACUCCAAGAUGAAGCCUCUGUGGCUCAUGUACAGCACCCAGGAGAGGGGCGACAGCAGUGUAGGCAUCAUCUUCAAGAAUGGGGAUGACCUCCGUCAGGACAUGCUGACUCUGCAGAUGAUCCAGCUCAUGGACGUGCUGUGGAAGCAGGAGGGGCUGGACCUGAGGAUGACCCCCUACGGCUGCCUCCCCACCGGGGACCGCACGGGCCUCAUCGAGGUGGUACUUCACUCAGACACCAUCGCCAACAUCCAGCUGAACAAGAGCAACAUGGCAGCCACAGCCGCCUUCAACAAGGACGCCCUGCUCAACUGGCUCAAGUCCAAGAACCCAGGGGAGGCCCUGGAUCGAGCCAUUGAGGAGUUCACCCUCUCCUGUGCUGGCUACUGUGUGGCCACGUACGUGCUGGGCAUCGGCGAUCGGCACAGUGACAAUAUCAUGAUCCGCGAGAGUGGGCAGCUGUUCCACAUUGAUUUUGGCCACUUUCUGGGGAAUUUCAAGACAAAGUUUGGAAUCAACCGUGAGCGAGUCCCGUUCAUCCUCACCUAUGACUUUGUCCACGUGAUUCAACAGGGGAAGACCAGUAACAGUGAGAAAUUUGAAAGGUUCCGGGGCUACUGUGAAAGAGCAUACACCAUCCUGCGGCGACACGGGCUGCUCUUCCUGCACCUGUUCGCCCUGAUGCGGGCGGCGGGCCUGCCCGAGCUCAGCUGCUCCAAAGACAUCCAGUAUCUCAAGGACUCUCUGGCGCUGGGAAAGACAGAGGAGGAGGCUCUAAAGCACUUCCGAGUGAAGUUUAACGAAGCCCUCCGGGAGAGCUGGAAAACCAAAGUGAACUGGUUGGCCCACAACGUGUCCAAAGAUAACAGGCAAUAGCAGCCCGUUCCAGCCCUGGGCCGAGAUGAGGCCAGCUAGGUCCCGGGGACCAGGCACCAUCCGUCGCCCCAGAAGGGACCUAAAAGCCAGACGUGCACCUCAUGGGAAAGAACCUACACAACUGCCUUUUGUUUACACUGGUUAUUUAUUUGUGACUUGAAAUGUUUAAGGAACUAAACAGCCAUAAUGGAAACGCAUCCUUUGUGCCAGGGAGGGGCCGAGUCAGAGCGCUGGGCUCUGUGAAGACACUGAGUAGGGCACCUCGCUCUCCGCUGAGGGCUGUCACCAAGUCUUCCACGGUGGCUCUGGACCCAGCAAAAACUGUCCUCGUCCUGGGGAAGUCUUCUUCCCAGCCUCUCGCCAGACUACCUGGUCCUGGUGCCUACUGUCCAGAGAGGCCACCACAAUCCUCAGUACCCCCCUGCCACCUUUGUGUGACCACCCAGCGUGCUUGCCACUGACUGAGUUCCGGCAGCUCCCCGAGGAAGCGCGGGUUCUCGCUACAUUCAGGGACGUUUGCUCUUCACGUUAAAGUGACUCCUGGGUACGGGAAUUCCCCUGCUACUCAGCUAUAAAGCAAUUCUGUUUGUGGGUAAGAAAGUAAUAGCCAAAUACUGACUGAACCUCUAGGGCUCGGGAGAAGGGACCCCGCCCCCAUAAAGUAUAAUAUGUGUUGGUCCCCAAGAAAUGUUAAAAAGACCUGAGCUUGCUUUAGCUCAUUCUGGUCAUGAAUCAAGGGGAAAGCAGGUCAGAGUAGAGUCUUUCGUGCAAUUAUCUGUAAGCUGCCUCCAAAAGCAGGUUUUAAUGAAAGGACAGGAUCUAAGUCUUCCAGAAUUAUCUGUCACCUUUAAGGACCUGCUGUGAGUGUAAUCAGCCACCAGAAGUGAGGGUGUAGUGGUGCUUUUCUCUGUCAGCACUUAGUUUGAAUGGUCCAGGCUUAGCCGAAGGCCUCCCAAAGGCCUGGCUGUGAGGAGCCUCUCCCAGCGCCUGAUGCCAACUCUGGAGAUGGGGCUGGGGAUCUGGGCUCUCAGAAGGCCACAGGUGAUCCUAACAUAUUAAUGGCUGCCUCAGGACCCACCAAGUGAUAGCGCUGAUCCCACAAAGGCUUCUGAGACUCAGCAGAACCAGAAGUAACUGUCCUCUCAACUGCACAGGCACCAACUCUGUUUUGGUUAGUUAGGGGUCCCUCAGCAACCAGUGCCACCCAGGGGGCACCUGUCUUGGUUGCUGUCCCCAGUGGCCACAUGCUGUUCCCCACUAAGUGCUGAAAUCCAUCAGAUCACCUCACCUGUUCUGAAACAGGAAAAGCUGCACGUGUGUCUACGUGUCAUGUAAUUUAUUUGAACAAGCCCGUGUACCCCCGGGCAUGGGCAGCCUGCUUCGCACACCCACAGUGACUUCUGGUUUGGGUGUGCAGUCUGUGUGUCUGGCGAGAAUAUUUCUUAGUUUUUUAAAAUCAUUUCAUGUUUCUGUACAGGGAAGGCGAGUUCAAUAUCAGUUCAGCAUGUAGGUUGAGACCAGCACUCUGUGAAACCUUGAAAUGAGAGGUAAAAGCAGAUGGAAAGAA